CCAAACUUGACAGGAGUGUGGACAGACAGCCAGCCGGCGGUAGCUGAACAAAUCUGGUGGACACAUCGGGCUGGCCAGUGAGUCAGUGAGGAGUGUUACUCUUGGAGCCAGCCUUCAUCUCAGCGGGAACAGAGACUUUUAUCGGCGGUGAAAACAGGAAACCAUGAUGGCAGUCCUGGGCAGAGCCGGUCGCUUGAUCCAAUUUGCCAGGAGCAGCGUCGGUCUGAGUGUAAGGAGACGCUCCACUGCUGCUGCUUUAGCCCAGACUGCGUCUCCAGAAACACAGGAGAACAGGAAACCUAAGACAGGCAUAUUGAUGCUGAACAUGGGAGGACCUGAGAAACUAGAAGACGUUCAUGACUUCCUGCUGCGGCUCUUCAUGGACACAGACCUGAUGAAACUCCCUGUGCAGAAUAAGCUCGGCCCAUUCAUCGCCAAGCGUCGCACGCCAAAGAUCCAGGAGCAGUACAGUAAGAUCGGAGGGGGCUCACCAAUCAAACACUGGACCUCCAUGCAGGGGGAGGGCAUGGUGAAGCUGCUGGAUGAGAUGAGUCCUGAGACAGCUCCUCAUAAGUUCUACAUCGGUUUCCGUUACGUUAACCCGCUGACGGAGGACGCCAUCGAGGAGAUGGAGAAAGACGGAGUGGAGAGGGCCGUCGCCUUCACACAGUAUCCUCAGUACAGCUGCUCCACCACAGGCAGCAGUCUGAAUGCCAUCUACCGUUACUACAGCAACAGAGGGGACAGGCCAAAAAUGAACUGGAGUGUCAUUGACCGCUGGCCCACACACCCUCUGCUGGUGGAGUGUUUUGCAGAACACAUCAGUAACGAGCUGCUGAAGUUUCCGGAAGGGAAGAGGGACGACGUUGUCAUUCUGUUCUCAGCACACUCGCUCCCUAUGGCUGUUGUAAACAGAGGGGACCCUUAUCCUCAGGAAGUGGGAGCCACAGUUCAGAGAGUCAUGGAGAGACUGGGACACUGUAACCCCUACAGACUGGUGUGGCAGUCCAGAGUGGGGCCUAUGUCGUGGCUCGGCCCCCAGACGGACGAGGUGAUUAAAGGCCUGUGUGAACGAGGGAAGAAAAACAUCCUGCUGGUGCCCAUCGCUUUCACCUCUGACCACAUAGAGACUUUACACGAGCUAGACAUCGAGUAUGGACAGGUGCUAGGGGAGGAGUGUGGAGUGGAGAACAUCAGGAGAGCAGAGUCAUUGAAUGGGAAUCCUCUCUUCAUGAAGGCUCUGGCAGACCUGGUCCAGUCCCACCUGAAGUCCAACCAGCCCUGCUCCCGCCAGCUGACCCUCCGCUGCCCAUUGUGCACCAACCCCACCUGUGGAGAGACCAAGGCCUUCUUCGCCAGUCAGACACUCACAUAGAAACGCAGACACACUCUGGGGCCCUUCCUGCAGCAGUGCUACCUGUGAACGAACUGAAGGCCUUCUCCAAUAACCAGAAGGCUCCUACACACACAAACACACCGUCUCUCCAGCAAGAGUGUCAGCUACAUAGAAAGCAUAACAUGAAGAACUUUCCAAAUGGUUUCUGUAAAUAUAUUUCAAAGUUUGUUUUAUUGUUCCUACAUGGGGGGUUACAUUUAACUUUAUGGGAAAAUAAAAAUGCAUUUUGUAAAUCAUACUUUAAUAGUCUGAGGAAUAGGCAGACGGUACAAUUCAUUUGUUUUGGUCCUCUUAUGGGAUUUGUAGGCAUGAAGAAUAACAGACUUUUAAAUGGAUCAAAAUAAUUACUAUAUGAUUUUAAAAUGUGUAAAUAGCAUCAGUAACACAAAAUACUGAUCAAAACUUAAAAUGAACCUGUUGGCAGUAACAUGCCCUUAACAGAUUACAUGACUAUUCUUGAUUCAGUAAAUAUCUCCCAACCACCACCCCACACAGAUUAAAACAAACACCCUUGUAAGGGUUUGCAGAUUCCAUUUGGUGAAAGUCUGUGCCGAUAACUGACACUGCUUGCAUCACAUCAAAGCUCCAGGAAAGAAAAGCCUUGCACUAUUUUUUUUGUUUUGUGUUGUUAUUUCGGUGUUUUUUAUGAUUACAGCUCCCUUGCAUACAUUCCAUUCACUUAGCCCGUGCAAAACCCCAUCAGAGACCCCGUUUCUCUUCUUGCUGGUGCUAAAUGAAUAACAGUCAUUCGUGACAACAACACCACACACAAGGGAUCUGGUUGGCUGGCUGUUUUUCCCCCCACCACCUUCUCACCUGUCGCUUUGCACACCUGCUGCAAUCCUUACAAUGUGAUUGGAGGAGGUUGGUGCGCCUUAAAAUGCUGCUGCACGGUCACACAUGCGCAAACACAUGUGCUCAACCACACACACAUCUUUGCUAUUGGUUGAGGCUGUGACUUAGCCGGUCAAAGUUCGCCUGAAUCUGAACUCCUCGCGAAGAAAAGAUGCAAAUUUGUGCAUGUGCGACCGUGCCCUGUGAGAGGAGAAAAGAGCGAUUUAGAAGGAAUUGCACGGCUACUUUAAGGAUUCAAGAGAUUUACCUUUUGCUCUAUCAUGACAGAUUUAAGUUAUUAAAUCCUGCAUCUAUUCUAUGUUGGUGCUGUACAGAGUUACAAGAGCUAAGAAAGACAUUAGUGAUUUCUACUAUGAACUAGAGUGCAGCUGUAGGCCAGCUUAAAAAAAAAAAAAAAGCAUCUUGGGUCGGAACCUCUCAGGGUGUCAUGAAAUAAUUUUUGGGGUAUUGUGAGAUGGUUUACACAAAAUAUGUUAUUACUAUAGAAAUUCAUUAACAUGUUUAUUUUUAUACUCUGUUUAUUGCUUUUUUCUGCUGUAUUAUAAAUACGCUGUUGCUAAUAGACAGGGAAGGAAGAGGAGAAAGUAAAGUAGUAGCUGAGUUAAAACCAAGUGUGAGUUAUUGUUUUUAUAGUGCAGUAAACAGUUGUUCUCUAAAUAGCUCUCCUACUCUUGUGAUCAAAAACAUUACUCUGAAGCUCAACUCUGAGGUCGUAUUGUAAACCGUUUUCUAAUAAAUAUAGCAAUUAAAAUUUUAGGCUUAAAUGAUCAGCUUCAGACUAACCACGCCCACUUCAGCUGUAGGUACCACCCACAACUGGUUUAAGCCCCGCCCCCUCCCAGAGCAGAUACGAAUAUAGAUCAUUUGGUUCGUUGAACAGAUGCAAUUAAUAGAGUACUCACUCAUCCCCACUAGCUAACCAGUGACUUGACAUUUUGAUAUAACAUGGAAGGAAAGUACAUCUGUGCUUUCCGAGUGGAAUACAAACUAAAGAUUACGAUGGGUCCUCCUAAAUGUUGGGAUAAAUCGCUAAUGGUUGAUAAGUAAUGCUUCGUCGACUUGCGAACCAUGGAAGUCGGCAGGGUGUGUCAGAUGUCUGUCAACUGAUGUUGGAAAACUCGGAGGUUUGAUCCUGUUUCAACAAGAAUGUCAGAGAAAAGAGAGGCUGCAUCCAUCCUCAGUGACACGGAGGAUGUAUUUUUAGGAUACACAUUGUUAAACUGUGUGUGUACGGAUUUAAAAACAGCAUGACAGAGUUUCCUCAUGAAUGUUUUAUUUUCCCUGCAAUCUGCCCCCCGGUGGCGUCUGUAGUUUCCUCUUUGAAUCCUCUCUAAUUAUUUAUUUAGUCACUUAAAGUCAUUUUGAGCCCCUGAAGUAAUUCUGUGCAGAUACUACUUUUCAUUACCAAUACUGAUUCAAUACUUUGAGUUAUCAAUGUCAGAAUAGAUGUUUGAUUUGAUUAACGUAUUUAGCAAUUAGAGGAGGCUUUCUGUUCCAUUACUGUGAGCGCACUGUAUAGGCGAUACCUUUUUACAUUUCAUUUCUAUGUCACAUCCUUGUAGGUGUGUAAUAGCAGAAAAUAAAGUUGCUCUGGUGGGACUGCACAUAAAAAUACAAUGAUGCUGGAAUUCUUUUAUAGUAUACUGUGUAGAGAAGUAGCAGAGAUGUGUCCGAAAUGACAUCCGUCACAUGUUGGAUUAGAGUUUAGUUUUAAUAUCGAUUGACUUCUGUCUGCCUGAACUUCAGUGCAGUUCAUUACCGUUUUCAUCCGCUCACUCCUCCCUGAUCACAGUGCAGUAACUCAAUGGGAAAAACGUACGUUAAUGACUCCGUAGGUUGAAUUAAAGAAUGCUUUAUUUUCUUUCACCGUCGGGUGCUACAGCUGCAGAACAUGUCUUGAAAGUCACAGGUUUGAUUCCCUCUGUUGUCCCAUUUGCUUGGUAUGAGACUCCCUAAUAAUGUGUAAAUGUCAAUAACACCUGACACUUUUAAUUGGGGCUAACUUGACCUUUGACCUCUGAACCUGUUCCUCCUCUGCUGUGUCUGUCCUGUUAUGCCAUGAUAAUGUGCCUUUUACACUGGCUAACUAGAAAUACUGGACUUGUGCUUUAUGUCCGUUUUACACACGCUUUACCAAAACGCUGACAGGAAAAACCCUCCCUGAAACAUUUCCAUGUGCCUGCUGGGAUCAGGGCCAUCCACAGCUCUCUCCUCAUGGGGAAAUCCAGAAAAACAGACCUUCAUUGAGGUUUUUCUGUCAGACGUGUACAAGUGUAGCUGGCUAAUAGUGAGCUAGCCAGCGAGCUAAGAAGCCCUUACUUUUCACCUGCUCGGUGUGCUAAUCAAUUCACUGUCGUUGAUGACUUCUGUAAACCGGGGCAGGAUGCAUACCACAACUUUGCUGAUGGAAAGAAAGCGAUGGCACAUUUCUGACGACUACAAUAUCUUCCAUAUGUAAGCUGUUAGCUGGCUUCUAGGUAGCUCAAUAGCUAGCUAAUUCACGAGCUCACUAACUUGCGUAGGUGCGGCCAUUUUGAACAUUGUGUGGCAGAACAUGCUAAAUGACAUUGGGCGAUGACUUUUUGAUAGUCUGAGCUUGAAGAUAGUGUUGCUUGAAGACAUUUGAGGCCUUUAGCAUUUCACUUUGAGAGGAUCUCGUCACUCACUCAGUGCAGACAGUGUACACAAUACCUAAGGCUAGAAAUUGCUGCUUUUGGAUGCGGUUGCCAUUGACUACCAAUGAUAAGUAAAUGAAAUUCAAAUUUUCUUCCUAUGUAGCCUCAUUGGCCCUCUUACCACAUGGCGUCACUGGUAACCGCCAACCACACUUGCAUGAAUUGUACAGUUUUAGUUGGUCCAUUCUUCUGCUUCCACUGUGUGUUGCAUACAGCAAUGCACUUUACCACAAUGAUGUGCUCUUCCACAGUUUUGAAAGGGAUGAUUUGGUUUUUGAGGAAUAGGCAAACUCCAGGACACUUAAUGUCUCUGUGUGCAUAACUGAAGAGACGUUAAAUGGUAACAUUAGCAUAGCUCAGCUCAAUAACUGGAUGUUUGCAAUUGAGCUAAUCUAAACUAAUCUCGCCGUUCCAUGAUACCUUCAAAUGACAGAUUCUAUCAGUAAGAGAAAAGUAAAAUCUCUUUAAUACAACUAUCAUUGGGAAAAAGUCCAAUUUGAGCAGAAACGGCACAAUGUUUCAGUCACAGCAGGAACACAUGCUAAUGUCUGUGACGGGCGGGUUUUUCCUCCGACAUGUUUUUCUUUUAUUAUCCUCUGCUUCAGUUUUCAACUCUGCGUUUGUAAGAAUUUGCUGUGUGUGAGUGUGUGUGUGUGUGUGUUUGUGUGUGUUUAGUUGAAAGUUGCAUUGUGCAGGAUUUGUACAUAUAACAAAGACGCUACAACGUUUGUUGCAGCUCCAGCAUACGUUGUUUGUUCAAAUUAUUUAUUUUUGUUCUUUUAAUGAGUUCUAGACCACACAAACCAUCUGUCUCCACUGUUAGAACUUUUUUUAAAACCAUUUUGAAGAAAUGGUAUUAACAGUGUGGUUACACAUAAUUACGAGUCUUCCUUCAAAAUAAAAAACAAUAAAAAGGACUGGUGUGAGAUGAAA